AUGAACAACAGGAAUUCUCUUAUCAAAAAUUACAGCCAAAUUCCAACCUUUAUCAAAACGCUUAAUAACUUUAAAUAAGUUAGAAUAAGAUCUCUUAAAAAUUUGUCCAUCUAACCUAUGCCAAAAAAAAAUAUAUUCACUAAUUUUUCUAAACCUAAUACUAAGUUUAACUCUCCAUUAAAAAAUAAAGAAAACUUUAUAUCAAAUUAGAAUGAUUUGGUCAUAAAUGCAAUUGAUUCUGAUUCUCUUCAUUUUUCGUAUUCACCUUCAUCUUGCAAAAAAAUUCAAUUUUAAAAGUAAGUCUUUAAUAGGAAAUUCAAAUAGACAUUUAAGCUCGAUAAAAAAACUAAGGAAUUAUGCAAUAUAUAUUUAGAAAGACCAAAAAGUAAAAUGAGCAAUCCUUUAGUAAAUCAAGUGAAUCAACUCAUUACAAGAUUAAGAUGA